AUGCCGGUCUACAUGCUCCACGGGUUCCGGUGGCCUCGCGCAGGCUUCACGGGAAUCCGAGUCUAUGUCGUCCUCCACAACCUGGAAGAAGCCGCCGCCGAGUACAUCCAGCAACCACUCACCACGGAGCUUCUGACCGAAUCCUUCAACAAGACUUGCCCCGACCUCGUCCCCCGACUGCCUGAACUACGCUUCAUCGAGCAGUACGAUCCCGCCGACGAGACCAGCAACACUGUCAGCCAGGAACAUGCCUACGUCGGCGCAAAGGUCGUUGUUUUCCCCGACGGCGGUGGUCUGGCACCCGCGCCCGGCGCGGGCCCUGGAUUGAAUAUUGAAGACGUCGUUGAGCAAGGGUCCGGUUUGACGGACGAUCAGACAGCAGCGCUAGAGGAACUCCGCGAUAGAUUAGCGCCCGGCGAGAAAAUUGGCUGGUUUAUGGUUUAUAAUGGUGAUCCGGACAGAUAUUUCCCUCCGUCCGAGGACGAGGAUGAGGAUGAAUAUGACGAGGAGGAUGAGGAGAGUUAUGUCGAUGAGAAAUCCGAGGCUCAAUCGCAAGCUGCGACUGAGCCGGGGACUCCUCAGAGUUAUACCAACGACAUCUCUCAACACGACAAAUGA